AUGGUAGAUCAAGAAACCAACGAAUUCCAGACUACGGAACGAAUCAAGCAAACGAUUUCGAUUCCUUUCCUAUGGGAAGAAAAGCCAGGAACACCAAAAACCGGUUGGAAACGCGUUAACGACCCAAUCAUGCAAAUGCCUAUCAAGCUAAUCGCUUCGGUCCCCUUCAUGUGGGAAGAAAAGCCAGGAACACCACUUGCCGGUCCCUUUUCGCACCCUUCAUCAUCACGAGAAGCAAAGAUGAUCAUGCCUUGUACACCACCUCAACCCGUUAAUAGAAGUAACCCGUUUGAGGGUUCUGGUUCUGAUUCUGAUUCUGAUUCCGGUCAUGAUCAUUUUAAUCAAGAAAUUAAUCUUGGUUCGGAAACAGAACUAGGAUUCAUUCACUCUUCAUCAAAUUAUCAAAAUGCAUCCCAUAAAAACAAUCCAUUUUGUGAUACUUCUGAUGAUGAAUUUGAACAUGGUGAUGACAAUAAUGACGACGACUACCUUCAUGCUCCUUCAUCACCGGCUUGGGAAACCGAAAGUGUUGCGAGCAGUUAUGCUACUGAAAUAACUACUGCAUCGACCUUAGCUGGCUCGUCAUUCUUGGAAAGCAUGUUUCCACUCAUGACCAAGAAAGCUAGUGGUGUGACAGAAACGAAGGCUGAUCAUGGCUCGAGGGGGAUAACGAAUAAUACGUGUACUCAGAUUGUAAGCUAUGAUGCUGAUGAGAGAAAGCCCUUUACACUUGGUGAAAUGAUUAUGAUGAGCCGAAGAAGAAGUUUUCUUAAGAGGGCUGUGAGAUCACUUCAACACGAUGAUCACUCAACGGACUUAAUGAUGAUGAAUGGAUUUGGAUGUUGUGGAAUUGAUAUUGGAGGAUUGCAGAAAUUGAAGAGGCAACUGCAGCUCAAAUUGAUAUAG